AUGAAGCCGCCCUCUGAAGUGCAAGAUGGUACGCCAUUCCACUCCCUCCAAGAACGCCGCCUGCGCCCACGAGUCAUACCACGCAGAUGACGAACCCGAUCGUUCGCUGACGAGCAAUGCUUGCAACAGACGCUCCCAGCACUCAGCCCGCAAUCAGCCAGCAAUCAACUGCAUCGAGCAACCAGCACCCACGACCGGCCACUUUACACAUCCCCAAGACUCGCUCGCCCUCCUCUCUCAUUUCGCCGAGCUCUAGCAGCGCCAGCCUACGCACCGAUGUGGACUCGCAGCAGUAUCAGGGAAGAGCAAGACUGUCUGUGGACGCCGGCAGCUCCUCAGACGCAUAUGACAAUCUCACAAGGUGCGUCACAUGCAGUUUUUCAAAGGCCGCGAACAAUUGUUGGCUUUCUGCAAUCGGCAUGAUGAUGGGUAGACCCGAUUGUCCACACGCAUCAGGGCGCGUGAUACAUCGUGGGCCGUUUGGCUGACUGGUAAUUGCGGGCGUUUAGGUCACCCAUAUUAGCACCAGAGCGGGACACCGGACUACGGCGAAUACGACAGCAGCCACAAUCGCUCAGCAGAAAUCCAUCUUCACCAAGCCUGCAGCCUGUGUCUCCCGCUCCUUCCAGCCCCGUGUCCCGCAAGUCAUCUUUUGCUCUCAUAGGACCCGCGUCACCUACACUCCCCUUCAGUGAGGACCUCACUCGCUUUCCCUCCGAGUCGCUCCACUCGUUUUCCUUCGCUCAUCAGAGCUCCGACUCAUUGCACACUCGCAACAAUGUCCUCAAGCGCAGUAUAGAUUUCAUGCGCGACAAGCUGGGCUGGGCUCAGACAUCUCCUCGAAUCGCCAGCGCGCAAGCCCGUCUGGCUGGAGACGAGGAACUUCUUAGCAUGAUGGAGCUACUGCGAAGAGCCAACAUCAUGGGCCCAUCGGCUUCUCAUGCUACCGAAUCAGGCAUCGAUCCCGGACCACUUACCGGACCAGCACAUUUGGCGAAUGAGAACGUAUUUGAAAAGAGCUUCAUGCCGAGUGAGCAAGAGACCGAAAGUCCAACGGCUCUAGAAAGUCCCGUGACCAUCAGAGGUAGAGGCUCAUUGGACGAGAGCCGGUCAUCGGAGCAGGAGACGAGAGGAAGAGUCACAUCACCCACUGAUUUGCGAAUUCCUGCGACGGUCGCCGAGAACAACCGUUCUGAGGAGCCGGAGGAGCUCGACAUCUCAAAAAGCCCACUCACCGAUUACGACGACUUUUCGGGAAUGUCAUCUGGGCGAUCGCAGCGAUCGUCUUUGAAGCGCACAUACACUGAUGUCGCGGGCUAUUCUUUGCAGCACAAGCUGACCGAGGCUAUGGCCCAGCCGUAUCGGGCUCCUCAACCAAUGGCUACUUCCGUUCCGCGACCUCCAGCCCUGGCUAACACCGCCGUCAGUAGCGAGAGAGCGCCGCACGGCCACCGGAAUCAUCAGGCGCAGGCUAUCUUCACUACAGAAGCUUCCGCGCCAUGGACUAUUACUGCAGCUAAUGACCUUGCAUGUCUAGUGUUUGGUGUGACCCGCGCCGAGGUCAGAAAACUCGGCAUCAUGGAAGUCAUCAAGGAGGAGCGACGAAGGUGGCUCGAGGACAAACUCAAGAACCCGGAGAGUGGAAGCGUGCCGAGACAGUCCAAGCUGCACCCCCCUCCUCCACCCGGUAAGACGAGCCCAAGUAAUAGUCUUGCGAGCAUGGGUAACGGCGUAACAGCCAAGCUGCUCUCGAAACCUCCUUCCCGGCAGACGUAUCAAAGUCGAAGGAGCAAGACGCAGGAUGGUACGACGACCCCACAGAAGGGCGUCAACCAUCCAGGUAACAAGAGCAGAGGCGUAUUGCUCUGUGGAGACGUUGUGCCGAUCCAGAAAAUGAACGGCUCCACAGGCAGCGCAUCACUCUGGGUCAAGGAGAAAGGCCACAAUCUCAUCUGGGUGCUGGAGGAAAUUGCGGAAGACGUUGCAAUGCUGACUGUCGAUGAAAUUGGUCUGGUCCUGAAAGGCAGCGGAGAUCUCGAAGCCAUCUUUGGUCUUGACCGUGUGCGUAAUGGCAUGGACGUGCAAAGACUGAUACCAGCAUGGCCAAAGUUGGCUGGCACUAACACUGGAGCAAUUGAUUACGAUGCCCUCGCCAAGCUUAGGAGGUUUACGGCGCGAACAAGCAACUCAAUCAGCAUCCCAGUGACGGUCGUCCAGAUGCCCAAAGAAAGCGUCUUCCGAGUCUCGAGCUUCCCGCACAUCGCUGGCAUAAUCGUGGUCAACCCCUCGACCAUGCGGGUGAGUAGCUCGAACAAUGUUUUCUCCGCCGCCUUGUUCGGUCACUCGAAUCCGAACGGACUCCCAGUGACGCAGCUGAUACCUGGAUUCGACAACAUCCUUCGCAUCAUGACCGAUGAAGACAAGAUUGCUCUUGUGGAUGGUAUUGUGAUACCGGAGCAUAGCUUCAGAAGAGCCCGAGCACUGCUCGCGUUGAGAGAGGGAUCCGCAGACGCGGCGGCGAUAUUUCUCAGACCCAGUGGCUUGCCCGCGAAGCACAGAGAUGGUGCAGAAAUCAUGAUCGAUGUGCAAAUGCGCGUCGUCCGGUCCGAUCGAGAUCCCAUUUACAACGAGUCGAUCAUCGAUGAGGAUGGCCUGGCAUCUUUCCGUGGUGGCGAAGUUGUAUAUGCCCUUUGGAUCACCUACAGCAGGCAAUUGCACGCCGUCAACCACGGCAUUGGGCCAGUAACACCUUUGGUCAGCCGCCCAAGUACGCCACCACCACAAUCGACACCCGGUUUGUCCAAGGAGGAAGCUGCACCUAGUCCAGAGUCUGCGGAAGAGGUGGAGCUCUCCAGCAGUCGGCAGGAGGACGAUGGCGAUAACGCUUUGCAACUCCCAAGUGGCCCUGGUGAAGGCGAGCCAUAUGAGCAUCCUUCCCCAGACUUGAUCGCUGCGAGCGUCAAGGUCAUCAAGAAGAAGCGGAUCGAUGAUUUCACAAUCCUGGAGGAGAUGGGUCAAGGCGCAUACGGUCAAGUAAAAUUGGCGCGGUACAAGAAGGCUGGCGCUAGUAAGAUGGUUAUCAAAUAUGUCACCAAGCGCCGUAUCCUCGUUGACACAUGGCACCGAGAUCGACGACUGGGGACUGUUCCGUUGGAGAUACAUGUCUUGGACUACCUGAGGCGUGACGGCUUGCAGCAUGCCAACAUCGUUGAGAUGGCAGAUUUCUUCGAAGAUGACAUCAAUUACUACAUCGAGAUGGUUCCUCACGGUCUUCCCGGCAUGGAUCUAUUCGACUACAUUGAGCUUCGUGUCACGAUGGAAGAACGAGAGUGCCGAAAGAUCUUCCGCCAAGUCGCAGAUGCGCUGCAGCAUCUUCACAUCAACGCCAAAGUCGUACACAGGGAUAUCAAGGACGAAAAUGUCGUUCUCGACGGCGAAGGUCGUGUCAAGCUUGUCGAUUUUGGCAGUGCAGCAUACAUCAAGUCUGGUCCAUUUGACGUUUUCGUUGGUACUAUCGGUAAGUUCCACCACGAAACAAGCUCGCAGUCAUUGUUAUAAUGUGCGCUGCUAACGUCACACAGAUUACGCAGCACCGGAAGUCCUCCGAGGCCUGCCAUACCGAGGCAAGGAGCAAGAUGUAUGGGCGUUGGGAAUACUUCUUUACACCAUUGUCUACAAGGAGAACCCGUUCUACAGCAUCGACGAGAUCAUGGACCAUGACCUGCGAGUGCCGUACAUCAUGAGCGACGAGAAUCUGGACCUCAUCCGGAAGAUGCUGGACCGAGACGUGGAGAGGCGCAUCGGUAUUCAAGCAGUACUAGAGCAUCCUUGGGUGACACGCGUUGAUGAGGACGAAAAAGAAGUUGCGACCUCAGCAGCUUAG